UUGUUCUUCUUCUUCUGUGGUGUUGAAAGAUGCAUAAAUAGACGUGAUAAACAACACGGAGGAUUGAGAUAUUUUAAGAUAAAACGAACAACGCCCUAUUUAAUCGAAUAGUUUUUUUUAUUAAAAUAUCAAGAGAAAUUGUGGCUCCGUGGUACUCCGUUACUUCCUCGAUGUUCUAAGAUCAAUGUGCAGCAGACUUUCUCAAUCCAAGGAUAAAAGGCUCUCCAUGACUUCUGUGUAUGUGCAUGUUUGCCAGGUCACGUCAGCCACCCUCACAUACACAUGAGUCCUAUUUUCUCCUUGAGCCGGGCCCAGCGCCAUGCCUGAUCGAGACUACCUGUCAGGUGGUGGUGGGAGUUGUGGCGUUCUGGUUGACGAAGGUCCUGGUUCUGGUUUGGCAGGGGGCUCAGCAGACUGCAGGGGAACUGCGGGAGGCGUUGGCGGAAGUGUGUGUGGCUCAGAGGGCAUGGGGGGUGGAACGGCGCUUGGCAAUGGCAGCAGUGGAGUUGGCGGCCAAGGAGCAGGUCUGGCGUUAGACGGCAUCUGCAGGGACUUUAUACGCAACGUCUGCAAGAGAGGGAAGCGCUGCCGCUUUAGACACCCCGAUGUCAAUGAGGUUCCAGACCUGGGAGUCCAAAAGAACGAAUUCAUCUUUUGUCACGACCACCAGAAUAAGGAGUGUUUGCGCGCCAGCUGUCGUUUUGUACAUGGCUCAAGAGAAGAUGAGGAUUAUUACAAGAAAACUGGAGCGUUGCCGCCCCGUCUGAGAGGAAAAGUCGCAGCACGACUCGGCCUAUCUCCAAUGGAUCUGCCCCACAGCCGUGGCGAGGUUCCCCUAUGCAGAGACUUUCUUAAGGGAGAAUGCCAAAGAGGCAAUAAGUGUAAAUUUCGCCAUGUGAAAAAAGACUAUGAGUAUGAACCUGCAUGGCCUGGAGUGGGUGCCAUAAUGGGACAGGGGACCAGUGGGGUGGUGAAUACUGGAGUAGGGAUGGGUGGAGGAGGGGGCACAUGUGGAGCAAUGCAAGGACUUGUGGGAGGUGGAAGUGUUGGUAACAUAAUGGGGACUGGCUGCCCUAGCCUUGGGGUUUGCAGAGAUACUGCUAUCUCAGGAGUUGGAGGAGUAGGAGGAGGUGGCAUGAGCGGCUGUCUGUCGCUCAGUUCUGCCGGCCAGCGGCGAUACGACAGGAGCUCGGUGUAUGAACCACUGCUUGACAGUGGACUGCUUGAGGCCAGCUCUUUGGAGGCUUCUAUGGACCACACUGCCCUACAGCUGAAGAGGCGACGGCUGGAGGGGCUUCGUCUGUCAGACGGGAGUGGAAGUGGACAUUAUGAGUUUGGGGUUCAGGCCACCCUGCCACCUCGUCCUCUGGAGUACAGAUUCCUCGAAGAAGAAAAUGCUCUGCUGAGGAAGAGAGUGGAAGAAUUGAAGAAACAGGUUACCAAUCUCGUAGCCACAAAUGAGGUUCUCCUCGAGCAAAACGCCCAGUUCCGAAGCCAGGCCAAAGUGAUGACCCUGUCCUCCACGCCUGCACCCGCUGAGCAGAAUCUGGCGCCCCCUGUUGGUGCUGUCAGCUCCUACAACCACAGCAUUGCUCAGACCCACACCACUCUGAGCAGUGCAGGACUGCAGCCUCGACCCGUCACCCAGCAAGACCUGGUCGCUCCCACCGGCGCCCCUGCUGCACCCCCAACUAAUGCAGCCCCACCAACAGCCCCCCACCUCAAUCCUGAGAUCACCCCGCUUUCAGCUGCCCUGGCACAGACCAUCGCUCAAGGGAUGGCCCCGCCUGUUUCCAUGGCACAGGUGGCGGUGUCUGUGGCACCUGUCGCUGUGUCCAUGACCCAGCCUCUGCCGGGCAUCACCAUGAGUCAUGCCACCACCCCCAUGGUGUCGUAUCCUAUUGCAAGUCAGAGCAUGAGGAUCACCACCCUGCCUCACUGAGGAAACCUCUCAGACUAUAUCAUCCUCAACUGGAAUCUUUUAAGUCUCAAUGGAUGACUGAACUUUAAUCGUCCAAAGGAGGCUAAAGUAAAAACAAAAAAACUUUAAGGCAGAAGUUGGAGUGAUGAACUUACUGAACUACUUUUUCUGCCAACCUUCUGAUUUGAAGUCUCCUAUGAAAAAUCUAUGGACCUUUUUUAAAAAAAUGUCAACAGCCACAGAAUGUGUAAGGUUUCCAUGCAGAGUGCUUUGUGUCCAAGGAAGUUUAGUCCAUGUUUUUGUCCAUUGCUCUUAUGUAACAUAACUUUGGUACUUUGCACAUUAAAACAACAACAAAAAAACA